GACUAAAGUGCCACCAUGAGCACAGAUGCGGAGAUGGAGCAAUAUGGCCCGGCGGCCAUCUACCUCCGGAAGCCAGAAAAGGAGAGGAUUGAGGCGCAGACCACUCCUUUUGAUGCCAAAACGGCCUACUUUGUGAUUGAUCCUGAGGAAAUGUAUGUCAAGGGUAAACUUGUGAAGAAAGAGGGUGGCAAAGCCACAGUUGAGACAGACAAAGGAAAGACUGUCACUGUUAAAGAGGAUGACAUUCACCCCAGAAACCCUCCAAAGUUUGACAAAAUUGAGGACAUGGCCAUGAUGACCCACCUCAAUGAGCCUUGCGUGUUGUAUAACCUCAAAGAGCGUUAUGCAUCAUGGAUGAUCUAUACCUACUCUGGGUUGUUCUGCGUCGUCGUGAAUCCCUACAAGUGGCUUCCAGUGUACGAUGAACAGGUUGUUGUGGCAUACAGGGGAAAGAAGAGAAUUGAGUCUCCACCCCACAUCUUCUCCAUCUCUGACAAUGCCUAUCAGUUCAUGCUCACUGAUCGUGAGAAUCAGUCUGUCCUAAUCACUGGAGAAUCCGGUGCAGGAAAGACUGUGAACACCAAGCGUGUCAUCCAGUACUUUGCAAUAAUUGCAAUGACUUCGUCUAAGAAAGCUGAGCCAACACCUGGCAAAAUGAAGGGCUCACUGGAAGACCAAAUCGUUGCAGCCAACCCUCUGCUAGAGGCUUAUGGUAAUGCCAAGACUGUGAGAAAUGACAACUCCUCUCGUUUUGGUAAAUUUAUCAGAAUUCACUUUGGAACCACUGGCAAACUGGCCUCAGCUGAUAUUGAAACAUAUCUGCUGGAGAAGUCCCGUGUCACCUUCCAGUUGUCUGCUGAGAGGAGCUACCAUAUCUUCUAUCAGCUGAUGACUGGCCACAAGCCUGAGCUUUUGGAGGCUCUUCUGAUCACCACCAAUCCUUAUGACUACCCAAUGAUCAGUCAGGGUGAAAUCACUGUCAAGAGCAUCAAUGAUGUGGAGGAGUUCAUUGCUACAGAUACAGCUAUUGACAUCUUGGGCUUCACUGCUGAAGAGAAGAUGGGUAUCUACAAGCUGACUGGCGCUGUGAUGCAUCAUGGCAACAUGAAAUUCAAGCAGAAGCAGCGUGAAGAGCAGGCUGAACCUGAUGGCACUGAGGUGGCUGAUAAAAUCGCCUACCUCUUGGGCCUGAACUCAGCUGAUAUGCUGAAAGCUCUGUGCUACCCAAGAGUCAAGGUCGGAAACGAGAUGGUGACUAAAGGUCAGACCGUGCCUCAGGUAAUGACAAGAACCAUGAAAAACAUGAACCAUCUACAAAUACAUAUGACUAAACACCAGUCAGUCAGGUCAUUGGUUGCCAGUCCCGAGUCAGUCAGCCCCAGUCAGUCGCCGUCUCCCACCAGCCCUCCGAGGCCGGGCUGGUGGUACACUGCUCACGGUAGCAUGAUCCUCCUUCUCUCUCCUCUCCAGCUCACUCUUUUUUAUCAGCCGCCUCCCUUAUGCUGUUGCGUCUAUUUCUAAACCUAACUUCCUGUC